UUCACACCCAUUAGAGUCUCACACAGGGCUCCUGAUCAAGAGGAGGAGAAAGCACACUGAGAGAGAGACCAGUAGACACAGACAGAGAUAGUGACCAUACAGAAAGAGGAGAAAGAGGAGAGAGACCCCAGUGCUGUGGUUGAUUCAUCGAGGCAGUAGAGGCAGGAUGUGGGUCCUCAUCUGGGCAGCUCUACUUCUCUCUCUGACAGAGAGAACCACAUGCAACAAACAGCCACAAACACCACCACCCUGGACCAUCACCUUCAGUCCAGCAGAGAUAACAGCAGAGAAGGGACUAUGUGCUGUUAUUUCAUGUACCUUCAGUCAUGCAGAGAACUUCAAUCCUACUGCAGCAAUAUGGUUUAAAUGCCCUAAAAAUGGCAAAUGUGAUCAGGAUGAAAACAUAAUUAUCCACUCUGAAACGCCCUCUAAAGCUCAGGAGGGUUACAGAAAGAGAGUGUCUCUACUGGAGACUGAUCUGACAAAGAAGAACUGUAGUGUAAUCAUCAACAACAUCAGAAAGAAUGAUGCUGGAGAGUAUCAGUUCAGACUGCUAAGUGCAUAUACAUACUCCAAGAAAGUGAAAAUCACAGUGAGAGCUCUGACCCAGAAGCCCUCAGUGUUGACUCCUCCUCUGACAGAGGGAGAACCAGCUACUCUGACCUGCACUGCCCCGAGGAUCUGCUCUGGAACUCCUCCUAACAUCACAUGGACAUGGAGAGGGACAGGAGACAACAUCACUGAGCUCAGAGACAAUACCACCAUACAGAAGAGAGAGGACCUGACCAGCGUCACAACAUCCCACUUCUCAACUUUGACCUUUACCCCCUCAGCUGAGCACCACAACAUGAAGGUUACGUGUCAAGUAACCUUUCAGAAAAAACAUCAAAUUGAAGAGACAGUAACUUUGAAUGUGACAUAUGUGAAAGACCCCCAAAUAACUGGAAAUAAAACAGUGAAGGAGGAUGGUACCCUGGAUCUGACCUGUAAUGUUGACAGUUACCCACCAUCUGACAUCACUUGGAGUAAGAACAGGACAAGUGCCCCACUUCAGAAUUACACUGAAAAUGCCACUCUCACCAUCUCCAAUGUGACAAGAGAACGUGCUGGGGAGUAUGUGUGUACAGCGCAACACCUCAACAGGACUAUGACAGCUUCCACUGUUGUCACUGUGAUGUACCAUCCUGUGAUUCUUCCUGGCUCUGGGUGUGUGGAUCAGGCAGAGGUCAUGACCUGUGUGUGUGUCAGUCAGGGGGUUCCCUUACCCCUCAUAGAGUGGCCACUGCUGGAGCUCAACACAGAGAAGUACAGCCUCACUACAUCAGUGUUCGGGUCCUCAAUGAACAGCACCAUCUGCCUGCCUGUUAUAAACCACACCAACAACACCAGUGUGGAGUGUGUCAGCAGAAAUACUGUGGGUGUAGUGAGAGGGAAGUUGCAGGAAACGCAAGAAGGAAGGAAACAGAGAGAUCUUUCUGAAGGAUGUGGGAAUGCAGUUCUCCCCUGGACCAUAGCUGGUGUGUCUCUCAGUGUGACUGUUGCCAUCCUCAUCUACCUGUCUUCAAAUGCUUACAUACGGAUGCAAGGUAUGAAUGGGAAGCCAAAAGAAGAGGCGAGCACCUACAUCUCAUUGGAUAAAAAAGACAUGACUCAGGAAGAGUAUGAGGUCAUGGCCAGGCGUCCAAGAUGAUUGAGUACCUGUUCUUCCCCCCCACUCCUAAGCUUAUGCUGAGAUCAUUUUCAUGUGAAAUAAUUCACACUUUUCUUCUUAGUAAAGUUUCAGAUUUGUAUGCAUUAAAUGAAAAAGUUAAGAUGCAUAAUUUUUUAUCAUAAAAAUUAUUUUGAAUUUCAUGGAAAAGCGCACAAGUACUGUAUGAUAAGUGAAUGAAAAAGUCCAUACGUUUUUCUAUUUUUACUUUAGAUAAACUAUGUGAAUAAAAUAUGGAGAUAUUAUGAUUCUAUGCACUCCGCACUACCGUCCUGAAACUGUACAUUUGCUCAUUGCACUCUGUACAUUGCUGUAGAUUCCUGUAGAUUCCUUCACCUGCCAAUUUGCACUCUGCCACUGGGGCAUUCUCUGACUUCAAUGUAUAUAUUUCCAUUCCAUAUUGUGGUGAAAAAAAGAUGUGUGAUGUAGUUACUGUAAACAAUGGAGAGGUAGCUUAAGAUUAACUGUUAAUUAAGUAA